GUUAGGCAAGUGAAAAUCUCGUGCAGUUAUGAAGAUCAUCUCGGCGAUCCUUGCGCUGCUGGUAGUUGCCGUGCAAGCAACGUACCAUCCAUACUACCAUGGCUACAACCCGUUCGCCGCAUUGGCAUCACUUGGUUUGUACAACCCGCAAGUCUUGCCAGCACCACAGGUUCCUUACUCAGGAACCUAUUCGUAUCAUGAUGGACACAGGCCAACGGUAGUGCAGGCCAACAAUGACGGAUAUAAAUUUCCGCACGCCGUUAAUAGUUUGUAUCCGUGGAAUCCUUGGGCGGCAGCUGCUGUUGCUCCUGCUCCUGUUCCUGUUCCUGUCCCUGCUCCUGUUCCUGUUCCUGCUGCAGCUUUGGUGGCUGCAGCUCCUGCCACAGCUUAUCACUACUACGGACAUCCCGGGCAGCCGUAUCACUACAGCAUUCCACAGAAGACGGUAGUGCAGGCCAAUCUUGGAGGUCAUGAUCCGUGGAACUAUGGGUCAUUCUACGGGACGGGGAUUUAUGGAUUCAAGUAUAACAACUACGCUCCGGCAGCCGUACCGGUGCUAAGAAUUGAAUGAUGCUGUUAUCUGAUGGCACUCAUUUAUAUAUUAAGGUUAAGAUGCGAUGACUACGUAGAUACCAAAUGAUUGAAAUAAAC